AUGGCUCAGAUGGGUAAAAAAAUUACUUACUGGAUUUAUGAAAAACUUGCAUUUGCAAAAGUAUUUCUAAUAUUUUGGAUACUUCUAUGCCCUUUAAUAUGGAGAAUACUUAGAAUAUUGUUCUCAAGAAAAUAUGUUGAUAAAAGGCAUAAAAAAGAUGUCAGUAUUGCUUUUUUUCAUCCAAAUUGUAAUGCAUGUACUCCUCAAGAAAAUGUUUUAUGGUCUGCAGUAAAAGCAAUACAAGUAGAAUAUGAUAACGUAAGGAUUUGUGUGUAUACUGGAGAUUUAAAACUAAAAGGAGAAGAUAUCCUUGCUAAUGUUGAAUCUAAAUUUGAUAUAAAAUUACAACCAAAUAUCAAAAUUGUGUACUUACGUCACAGUAAAUGGAUUAAAACUUUUGCAUAUAUGGGCUCAAUUUGGGUUGGAUCAGAAGCACUUGUUCGUCUCAAGCCACACAUUUUAAUUGAUACAAUGGGCUAUGGAUAUAUCAAUUUAAUUUUUAAAAGAGUUGGAACUUGUAAAGUUAUUAAUUAUAUUCAUAAUCCUUUAGUGACACUUGAAAAACUCAAAACCAGGUAUAUUGUUUUAACUGAUAAUCAAUAUAUAUUGACAAGAAGACCACCAAGUGCUCUAGGAAUAAGUAAAGGAAUAGCUAGUAUAUAUGGUUGGACUGGAAGAAUGGCCGAUUUGAUAAUGGUUAACUCUUAUUAUACAAAAGAACAAAUAGAUGGUAUCUGGCAAUGUCCAGACAGAACUCAUAUUCUAUAUCCACCUAUUGGUUUGGAAAAACUAAUGAUUCGAGCUGAUGGUGCUUGGGACAAAAAAAGUAUAUACCGUAUAAUAAAUGCUAGUGUGUUCAAAGAGGAGAGUAAUCAUGAACUUAUACUGCAAGCACUAUAUAAAUUAAGAUCAAUGUUGAAUCCAACUAUAAUGAAUGAAGUUCGUUUAAUUUUAGUAAAUUUGAGUACGGAGGAGGAUGAAUCAUAUAUUAAUAAUUUGAAAAAUUUGGUCCAGAAGUAUAAUCUAUCAGAUUUUGUCAAGAUUUACCAUAAUUACAUACAUGCCAAUCGCUUAGAGGAGGAACUCAUAAGAUCCUCAUAUGGUAUUUAUGCUAAAGUUGAUGAUCAUUUUGGAUCAGAUAUUAUUGCUGGUUUGGCUACUGGACAAAUUAUGAUAGUUCAUAAUUCUGGUGCCGCUAAAAAUGAACUAAUAGAUAAUGAUGAGGAUUCUCAGAAUGGAUAUCUUGCUAAAACAGCUGAAGAAUAUGCUAAAGCUUUAAAAGAAGCUUUACAAUUAACACCUGCAGAAAAACGUAAAAUGCAGAAGGCUGCAAGGAGAACUGCCGAACAAUUUUCACGUUUAUAUUUCCAAAAAAAAUUUUUAGAAUUGAUUGAAUCAGUUUUUGAAACAAAAUAA